UGGCAGAUGCAAGUUUCAACAUUUGUCAAAGUUUUAUUGCUGUUUUAAUCCGUAUUUUAAAUGCCAUUUGUUAACUGUCCAACGAGUAUAUUCAGUUAAGUUUAUAGAUGCAUCAGAUACGCUGUCAUGUCUGAAGAGCCCGUUUUAAGCCAUCUGUUCCCUAUAGAAAGUCCACAGAUUCUGUUCCAUCAAAACAAACCUCCAUUGGCAUUGGGCUCGCCAGGAGAAAGACCUCCGUUUGAGAGUCAAUCAUCCAUAGUUGACGGACUGCUAUCUGAGAUCUACGACCGCUGGCAUGACCAUCGACACGACAGUUUUGACAGUGACACGUUCACAGAGUACUCGAGUACGGCAGAAUUUGCCUCAUGGCGGAGAGCGUCGGGCAGCGUGGAGAUUGGGGGUCGACUUCUAGGGAGCCUGAAUAGGGCUAACCUGAAAGAUUAUGGUGCGGUCCAGCUUCGCAAGCUGAUAUCGGACAUGACACGCCAGGUUAACCAGAUAUCCGCCAAACUGGUUCGGCAGUUAAAGCGACGAGAGAGGCGAAUGUCCAAACUCCAGAAUAACUGCGACAUCGUAACAGCCUUCAUCCAGGCUUCGUCACCAAAGAGAAGAAUAGAUACAAGGAUGCGUUUCUCGUUGUCGCCCCAGGCUGGGGAUAGUGCGUUUGACCAAUGGAAGGAUGCUAUGAGAGCUGUUGCCAGGCUGCCCCUCGGAAUACCUGUAGAGUUCAGGAGGAAGGUAUGGCUGAGCCUAGCAGACCAGUACAUCUCUGAGCUGAAGAUUAACUGGGAUAGAACAGUGAAGUUUGCCUUCAACGAGAGGAGCAACCCGGAUGACAACACACUCGGCAUGCAGAUUGUCAAGGACUUACACAGGACGGGGUGCAGUGGUUUCAGCGGUGAAGACAACGAGGCUGAACGUGCAGUUCUCAAGCGUAUACUGCUUGCUUACGCACGCUGGAACAAGGCCGUCGGAUACUGUCAGGGCUUCAACGUCAUUGCUGCUCUGCUGCUGGACGUUAUGGACAGGAAGGAGGCUGAUGCGUUGAAGGUGAUGAUAUUCUUGAUAGACAAGGUAUUGCCAGAGGGCUACUUUGCCCACAACCUGCGUGCGCUCUCCGUGGACAUGGCCGUAUUCAGGGACCUGCUCAAGAUCUUCCCAAAACUCUCCCGUCACCUUGACUACCUCCAGCACGCGCAGGACCAGUCUACCGGAGGAUGUUACGAGCCUCCGCUGACCAACGUGUUCACGAUGCAGUGGUUCCUGACGUUGUUUGCAACAUGCCUGCCCAAGUCGACUGUCCUGCGCGUUUGGGAUUGUGUGCUGCUGGACGGCUCUGAGAUUCUCCUUCGCACAGCCCUCGUUAUCUGGGGUAAACUCUCGAGUCGUAUCUUACAAGUGGGAUCAGCAGAUGAGUUUUACACACUGAUGGGAGACAUCACCCAGGAAAUGGUGGAGGGUAAUCUGCUCGAUGCCGACGCCAUGAUCAAGAGUGUGUACCUGAUUGCCCCUUUCCCACUUCAACAACUGACAGAGCUGAGGGAGAAGUACACCUACAACAUCCGACCUUUUACUCCGGCAACCAAGGCAAGGUCAACCACAGGUGCAGAGGGUGUGGUGUUGCCUAGCGACGAGGAUGACCUUGAUGAAGAGGACAUUGAAAAAAUAACCUGUUUCACUGGGUUUAUCCCAACUGGGGUGUCCAGCGGGGGGCGACAUAGAGGUUUGGAUGGUGACCAGCGUACCUCAAGCAUCCCAGACAUUUCCUCCCUGGGCCCAGGGGCGUACGGACCAUCAGACGGUUCUGCUAGUGUGCCUGCGUACAUGGAGCGUAUGAGCACUGACAUCAGCGCCCUCAAGAAGCAGUACUCCAAGCUUACACAGCGACAGAACCAGGCUCAUGUCAUACUGAACACAGCCACCGCGAGACAGCAGGCCACGCGUGCAAAACCCAUGAUGCCCAUGAUAGAGACACCCGUAGCCAUGAACCACCUGUUUGUGACAAAGCAAGACCGGAAAGGUCGCAACCGCUGUGUUGCCGCCGGACCCAGGAUUGCCAGUGUCUACCCUAAUCUUACACCACUAGCACUGAUCCCAGGGCUUGCCAAGAAAAAUGUACAGCCUGCCAAAUGGGCCCAGAAAUCUCCAAUCAGGCAAAAGAUUGACAGAGGGACCCCAUCGCCAACAGCUUCUGCAGCGGACACAGACACAGAUAAAGCUGGUAAAGAUGAGCUUGACAUUGAAAAAGUGUCUGCAGAUGUGAACACUAACAAUCCCGAUGAAGAUACAAUAAAAAAAGAAACUCAUGAAUCAGGAACAAAUGACACCAAAGAAUGUGAUUCAAAUGCUUCGGAAGAUAACACUGAUAAAGCUAAUGUCAAGGAUAUACCUAACCUUGAUGAAGAAAAUGUGAACAAUAACAGUGCUACAAAUGUUGAACCAAAUGAUACCAAAGGUGCUCAUAAUGAGGAGGAUGAAUCUCAUGAUGAAAUAAGUCUCACUACUGCUGUUGGAGUAAAUCUUGAUGAUAUUAAAAGUGACUUUAAAGAGAUUGGUGAAUCAGACAUUGAGCUGGAUGAAAUAUCUGGAUACAAUUUUAAGGGAACAGCUAGUCCAUUCAGACACAGUGAUUCCGGGCUGGGAACUUCCAUUUACUCAUCUUCAUUAUCAGCCUCUUCAGCAGAGACUUCCCCCCAACAUGUGUGUGUGGAAAGGGGGAAGAGUGUGGAUCUAGAGGUUGAACUUAAAUCAGUGUCUGAAGAAACAUUAUCAUUGUGUGAGGAUAUCUCACAUAGCUGGGGUGCAGAUGCAAAGACUAUACCUGGAAAUUUAACAGAUGCUGAUGCAAGGAGUGAUAAUAUUGUGAAAAAUCUUUCAUCCCAUGGAGAAAAUGUUGAAUGUAAUAAUAAAGUGGUUGAUGGUGCUGAUGACAAUGUUGGUGCUUUUGAAAUAAGUGAGACAGAUGAAGUUGCAAUUGAAAACUUGAUGUUUGAUGAAACUGAUAUAAGCCUAGAUGGUUCCUUGGAGUUUAGUGAACAUUGUGCAAGUGACAAAGGUGAAAUCCAUGAGAGAACUGAUGAAGAACGUGCCAUGACAUAUGCUACCUUAAGAAAGGAUGACGAUGUAAAGUGUGAACAUUCACCUGCUGAUGUAAUAUCAGACAUUGCUGCCAAAUCAGAAUCCCUUUCUGAAAAAAGUGAUGUAAUUGUAAACCAGGAAAUAAGGGUAACUGCAAAUUCCAAUGGAGGAGAGAUUUUUUCAGUGUGUCCUGUAACCUUAAGUUCAGACAUAACAUUAGGAUCUACAAUAUUACAGAACCCAUAUUUAUCCACUCCUCCGGAUGACUCUCUGCGUAUACCUGAAGUGUUCAACCCAGCAAGCAAGGCGGACCUAACGUUCCAGCAGUAUUAUAUGACCAAAAGAUCCCUCGGACCAAGCAAUCUACACUCCAUCGAGCCACAGAUGAAAACAGUGAAAAUGCCAAAGAAAUCCUUCAAUCCCUUUCCAACUAAGCACGUGAACCAAAACAGGGCUAAGACUGGUUUAAAACUUGGACUGUAUAAACAAUCCACCUUGGAUCAGUUUGAACGCAAUCUUAAGGGACAGUCUAUUAUUGGAAAGUAGUUAAUGUUUAAUUUGGAUUCUGCUCUUUUGGUUGUCUGUUUAUUUACCUGUGAUAAUUGUUCUUGUUAAGGACUUAAAUUUUUUAUCUGAGUUUAGGGCAACGGUCUCAAAAAUGUAAGGAAGGGUAGGGACAAAGGUUUUUUUCAGGGCAAGUGAAAACAGUAAUGCUUACCAUUAUAUUUCGAUACUUUGUGUAUCAAAUGGUUAUCACAAAUGGUCUUUACAGUCAACAACAACUGAAAAUCAGAAAAUCAGAUUUUUUUUAUCUAGGGUCGAAAAAUAGUUUACAUUAGAUCGGGUUGCUCUAAACACAGGUAUCUUUUUUAGGCUACUAUUUUGUUGAUAAUAUUAUUUUCUGUAUACUAUUUGGUUAAUUUGAUAGUCUUGCAUGCAUGUGUCAUGUCAAGUUACCCGACAUCGUUGUAAUCAUAUGCUAUAUAUGUCUCAUUUAUUUGAAUUUGAACCUGGGUAGUAGCUAUAAUAUAAUGGGUUAAAAUAAAUGGUUGGGGGGAACUAAUAAUAUUUACUUAUCAAGUGCAGAAUUAAUCCUGAAAUCUGCCAUGCGUUCAGUACACCUGUUUGCGGCGAAAGUUUGCUGUUUGGUUCCCUGACUGCAUUGUAUGGCGGCGUUGCAACAGCAAUACAAAACAAAGUGUUUGCUAGCGUUUUGUAAGUGUUCGCCUUACUAAACACACUGCAGGAUUGAGAGCAGUAAACUUACAGUAAGAUUCUACAGUUGAUAUGCACCAGUCAAUUGAACCACACACACAUAGUGCCGGGUGAAUGCGGUGGUUUUGUCUUCGCUUUAAAUAUAGCUGAGAAUGGGCCUUACCUAGGGUCCCUGGGGUGCGGGGGCAUUUGGCGGAGAUUUUACCAUCUGUUCAUCCUCGCAGGGCGGGGAUUUUAGCUGGGGUUGGCUGGACCGAAAGUCAAAGUCCCCGCUAUUCCCCGUGCCUGUGGGGGCCGUGUUUACAAUUGACUGGUGCAUUAAGUUCUUGUUUUUUUGCUCUGACUUAUUGCAGCAAAAACAGUAGGAAAUACCUUGAAAUGAGUUCAACUUAACAUGGUGAUGUAUUUUAUUUUUAUACUCCAAAACAUUUUUUUCCUUAUUUAUAAUUGAAUAGAUGUAAACAUAGAAACAAACACAGCCACCCAUGUGUUUGUAGGUUUAGGCUUUCAAGCAAUAAAAUUGCUUAAAUCGCUAUGAAAAGUGUAAAAAAAAAUCUCGUAAAGCCUAUGUCUUCUUUGAAAUUCCUAAUUUUCACAUUUCGUAACAAAAAACGGUAAAAUUAAGCAUACACCAGAAUGCACCAUUUUAGACUGAAAUUAGCCCGAAUUUACCCCACCAACCCCUCACACACACACACACACACACACACACACACACACACACACACACACACACACACACACACACACACACACACACACACACACACA